AUGGAUAUAACCAUUACUACACCACUCAUACCAUCGGAACCACCGGACAAGAACAACCAUAUGGAUGUAGAAAAAACAACACCACAUUCCUACAAGGAAAUGCUUCUUGAUAAACCGGUAAGCCAUCAAAAUGACUACAAUGUGGAAGAUGCCUCCACAAUCAUCAAAGAUGAUAAAGGAAAAAAUAUUGAAGGCUCAAUCGCACUUUCACAAGACGAUAAGAAACGCCUUUGCUUCCCAUGGCGUUACUCUGUAAUCAUAAAGGUCAUUGGACGUAGAAUGCCAUACCAAUAUCUUCAGUCUAAACUAAUUGACUUCUGGAAGCCAUCCGAAAAGUUAAUCUUGAUUGACCUAGGAUUGGACUUCUUCAUUGUCAAAUUUAGUCUAGAAAAAAAUAUGGCUAAAGCACUACACCUAGGACCAUGGUUUGUCUCUGGGAACCUCCUCUCCCUUCGAAAAUGGGAACCAAAUUUUGUACCACAAGAAGCUACCCUCUCUACCAUAGCUAUCUGGAUUUGUCUCCCACAACUCCCGAAAGAGUUCUACGACAAAGAAAUUCUGGAGAAAGUUGGCAGGAAACUGGGCAAAUGA